AUGGAAUCGGAGCUGGAGUCAGAAAAUAAAAUCGGAGAGGCAGCAUGUGGUUUCAUCGAAUCAAACUACUCUUCUCUCUUCAACCGUGGCCUGAAAUGUUUGCUUCUUGACUUCGAGAAAUUUUGCCUGGUGGUCCUCAAGUUCGACACCUGGAUCGGUCAAGGUCAAGGUGAAUACUGUAUUGUCGGUAAGGCUAUCUGUUUUGAUCAAGCACAAUCCCACUAUGUCUAUCCAAACCUAGAUAGCGACGUUCAGGUGGAAAGAGUUUAUAAUAAUGCAAAAGAUUCCAUGAGGCUGAAAAUGGACUUGCAGGUCUUAAGUAAGGAGGUGCCUUCUAUUGAAGCUACACACAAAGCAAAAGAUGAUGGUGUGUCUAGCGCUAAGCCUAUUACUGGAGGCCAUAGAGCUCAUCAUUCAAGCUCUUUAACCGUCUACCACCGACCCAUGCAUAACCACUUGCCAAAGUCAGUAAAUUAUGCCGCGGCGCGCGUUUCCAUGGGCGAAUUCCUUACCUAUGUCUGGGUGAGAAUUUAUCUAUGGAAGUCCAAGAAGGUGCUCCCUCACGAUACUGUGUAUGCCAUCCGCACCGAUGACAAGAUCGGUUUCCUCGACGGAAUGCUCUACCUUCACAAGGACCCUUCCGGUACUUGUAUCAUGUCCGAUAUUCCUGACCUCACAAUAGGGGACGACAUCCCUUACUCCUGUCAUCAGGACUUUCCACAAAGCGUGUCGGCUAAUUGAGACGCAGCAUUCGUGAGCAUGACGUCCUGUUCACAGAUUUGCAAGUGGCCAUCCGUUGACGCCAUGGAUCAAAAAGAAAUUACACAUGGAACCAUCAUGGAGCACUUCAUCCGACAGCCCCAGGUUGUUGAGUACUUGUAAGCCAUUGGCAGAGACCCCUACGCCCGCUCCUUGCUGUCUUGAGAUAUGACGCUUCUCAUAGAUAUGGAUCUCAUGGGCAUCGGGGAAAGGAAGGUGUCCUUUAAGAAACAAAUAAGUAGCAAGGCCAGACAUGCUAGCACCAACGAUGACAGAUUUUCA